UCGUUUGUCUUUUUGCUUUAAUCUCGUGGAUCUCACACACAACCCCGCACCAGGGCGGGAGAACCAAACCCCGCUUCUUCAGUAACGCUGACCCGCUUCCCGCCAUAGCAGCGGACCUGUCAGCCCAGCACCGUGUCCGCCGUGAGGUGACCGUGGGGGGGGGGAAAGGAAGGAGCGCGGCUCUCGCGAGACGUGAGCUCGGCGCCGCCCGCCCGCGCCCAACGGCCGCCGCGGGACGAUUCGAACCCGGCUGCGGAGCGCGCGCGGCGGGGCCCGGCUCGGCGUCGCCUCAGCGUGUGUGGGGCCGUGCCCGGUGCCCCCGUCCCCUGUCCCCCUGUCCCCUGCCGCUCCGGCCCCCCGACCUGCCCUGCGUGGGACAGGGGUACCGGUGAAACAAGACCACAAUGAAACGUGAAGCAUUUUUGCAAGUUGUGUCUAAAGAGUCGAUUGAAGACUUCUUGCGUUUUACUCAGAUUCCUAAAAAUACAUUUGAUCCUUUCGACUUGAAUGAACUACUUCAGGAAUUGCCAAGAAAACAAAAAGAAAUACUAUGGGAGAAGCUGACACACCUGUUGAAGGAGACCUUGGUGGAGAAACCUGUGGAAACAUGGCAGAUGGUUGAAGAUGAUGAAAAUAAUGAUUGCAUGGACGUUGACAUAGUUCCAGAAAUGAAACAAACUGUAGCUGUGAUCCAAGGAGUGACAGCUGUCGUUACUGCUUCCAUACCCGCAGUGGAUGAAACUGUAAACUACAAAGUUCUUCUAGAAUGUGCUUUCAUACUGAAUGGUAUUCUUCCUGCAUUACCUGAAUCUGAAAAAAGCCUACAGGGCGCCAUCCAACGUAUGUGUGAAAUGUGGUGGGAGAAAGAACUGGAAGGGAAGGAGCAGCUAGGGAAAACUGUAUUUAUUAUAUUGCUAAGAAAAAGCCUGAAUAAAGCUGCUACGGGUGCAGAUGUAAUUCGUCUCUGGAAUCUACAUCAGACACUGCUGUGCUUUGAUUAUGAUUCAGAGGACAGUAAUGAAGUCAAGGACUUGUUGCUUCAGUGUUUUAUGAGUGUAAGACACAUUAAAAAAGAAGAGGGAAGAAGAUUCUUGAGCUUUUUGUUCAGCUGGAAUGUCAACUUCAUUAAAAUGAUACAUGGAACUGUUAAAAACCAAUUACAGUUUUUUCCAAGAUCCUUAAUGGAAUACAUUUCAGAAGUUUACUUCAGAGCAUGGAAGAAGGUGUCAGGAGAAGCUUUAGAGAUACUUGAACAUAAUUGUAUUCAGGAUUUCAUGCAUCAUGGAAUUCAUCUUCCCAGAAGCUCUUCUGUUCAUUCUAAAGUUAGAGAGAUGCUGAGUUAUUUUCAUAAACAAAGUAAAGUUCGUCAAGGAGUUGAAGAAAUGCUCUAUCGAUUGUACCAACCUAUCCUUUGGAGAGCACUGAGGGCUAGAAACUCAGAAGUUCGAUCAAAUGCAGCAUUUUUGUUUAUUGAUGCUUUUCCUGUUCGUGAUCCUAGUUUUAACGUUGAAGAGAUGGACAACGAAAUUCAGAAACAAUUUGAAGAACUUUUUAAUCUCUUAGAAGAUCCUUAUCCAGUUGUCCGUUCUACAGGGAUACUUGGAGUUAGUCAGAUAACAUCCAAAUAUUGGGAGAUGAUUCCUCCAACAAUUCUCGCUGAUCUUUUAAAAAAACUAAUUGUAGAGCUGGCAUGUGAUGUAACAUCUGCUGAUGUUCGAUGCUCUGUUUUUAAAUGCCUACCGAUAACUUUGGACAACAAACUAAGUCACCCAUUACUGGAGCAGCUCUUGCCAGCAGUUAAACACAGCCUUCAUGAUAAUUCAGAAAAAGUGCGAGUGGCUUUUGUUGAUAUGCUGCUGAAAAUUAAAGCUACUAAGGCGGCUAAGUUUUGGAAAAUCUGUCCUAUGGAGCAUCUUCUGGCUCGCCUUGAAGUUGAUUCACGGCCUGUGUCGCGACGCAUAGUGAACCUCUUAUUCAACUCUUUCUUCCCCGUUAACCAGCCUGAGGAUGUGUGGUGUGAGCGCUGUGUUACUUUAAUCCAGAUGAAUUCGGCAGCAGCUAGAAAGUUCUAUCAAUAUGCUUAUGAAUAUACUGCCCCCACCAAUAUAGCUAAACUGAUGUUAACAAUUCGGCGCUGCUUAAAUGCCUGCAUCCAGAAAGCAACGAAAGAGAGUCUUCAUGAUGAUGAUGACGAAGAUGAAGAAACUGAGAAGGAGAACAUAAGCGUGUUGAAUGAUGUGUUAUCAAUAAAUGAUGUGGCUUGCAUGGCCAGUUUAUUGGAGAUUACAGUGAUUCUCUGGAGAAGUAUUCGCAAAGCACUAGAUCACAAUGAAGAUGCCAAAGAUUAUGCCAUCAGAAAAUUUGCUUCUGUACUUCCUGAGUAUUUAAAAGUAUUUAAGGAUGACCGUUGCAUGACUCCAUUGGUUAUUCUGGCAUCCUUUAUGCCCCCUGCUGCUAUUCCUACUUUCAGCUGUGGUGUGAUCUCCAAACUCAGAAAUAUUGACAGUGGAGCUGACCAAAGCAAAUACUCUACCCUGAUAGACUGCAUGUGUCACUGGGGACAAGUGGGACGUAUAAUGGAAUUAGCCUGUGAUUGGUUGUCAGACGUGCUAACCCCGAGAAAGAGCCUUAAAACAUCUGAACGACGAGUACGUAUCAAUGUAACACAGGAAUCAAAGCCAGAGUUAGCGCUUGAUUACAUUGAAUAUUUACUGACUCAUCCUGUUAAUCGUGGUUGCCUACUCUCUGCACCUAAAAAGAAGCUGAGCCAGCUUUUCAAAAUUUUGAGAGCUGCAAAGGAAGUUCUUGACUCAAUUCUGAAAGCAACCAAUACAAGUUCUGUUAGCUGCAAUCAAGCAACUAGCUUAAGAGCCUUCAGCCUAUGUUGCAGGUUGAGUAUUCAUCUUCAAAACAAGUUUUCUGAAGAAGGAAAAGAUUACCUGUCAAUUCUGAAGGAGGCAGGUGAUUGGAUAGAAAGUCAAGUUGUACCUUUUUUGCUAGCAACUGAUCAAGAGGACGGCAUUUCAAAACAGAGUAAUGUUUCUCAAUUAAUUAUCCAGGACUACCUGACAGUGUGUAAAGAUCUAAUAAUGGUUGGCCUUGGAAAUCUUAAAUUUCAAGCAUACCUUUUAGAUAUAGCACUUGCAGUUAUACAAACAGAGAGAGGUGGCUUUUGUACUCCAGUGUUACUCUGUGUUCUAAAAGAAAUUACUGAAGCUUCUUUGACUCAAAACACUGAGACACAUGAAGUGGAAAGUCCUCUCCAUGCUGUACAGACUGUCUUCCAGAAAGUUUUAGAAUGUGUCUCAUGCAGACUCGAGAAACAGCCGGAAGAAGGGAUUCAGUUAAUUCGCUCUAUUCAAAUGCCUCUUGGAGAAUUCAUAUAUGCAGUCCAGUACUGGCGUUCGUCUUGCCCAGAAGUUCACCAAGGUGUGCUCUCUACUCUCCUAGAUGCAAUAGUAGCAGAGAUAAAUUACGUGCUACAGAAGGCUUCCAGUGAAAGAGACUUAACUAUACCGAAGACUGUUUCAGACCUUCCACCUCUUUCAAGCAGUUUAAUGACCAUAAUUAUGAAGACAGUUAAUGUGGUCAGGUCAUUUUUAAAUGAAUUAAUGGAAUGCAUUCUCUCCAAAGAAAUUGAAGAGAUAUUUAGUCUUACAGCUAUGGUCUGCAUUGUGGUUAUAAUUAAAGGUAAGCACAGAGCUUCGCUUCUAAAGGAUGUUGCACCUGUCAUUCAAAGAAAGCUGAUAACAUACAAGGAAACUGCCACAGAAGAAUCUAGAAAUACAGAAAGUUUCAGAAUCCUGUAUGAAUCAUCUCUGAAAAUUUUGGAUGAACUUUUGAAUCCUUGACCACAUGGAAGCUUUUGUCAUGAAAACUAAAGGAAGGAAGAUGUACUGUGUUAAAAAGCAUAAUAUUAUCUUGUAAAUUUAUUAAGAGUUUUAUUUUCUGUUACUCUGUACAUUUAAAGCAGGCAAAAUGUACAAAAAUGUGUAUAGAAAUCAUGUAGUAGUAAAGAUUCUCAAAGACCUGUAAGGAGGUUGUUUUAUAUGAAAUUGUCAUAUAUGGGGGGAAGUAAAAGAAAAAAAAAAAGCAGUAUUUUUGUUUUUAUAAAACAAAUAAUAAUUGUAUAUUCUCAUACUUUGAGGUAGCACGUAGCCUCAGACCUGGAGAAAAUUAUAGAGCCUAUUCAUAGACAUUAUGGAAGUCAUUUUGAGACACAUGAAGGACAAAAUAGUGAUUGGGUAUUGCCAGCAUGAAUUCACUAGGGGCAAAUUCUUCCUGACCAACCUCAUUUUCUUUCCUUUUGUGAACAGAGAGAGCAGAGGAUGUCACCUUUCCUGUUCUUCCCAGGACUUUUUACCCAGGUUUAUGUAUUAUUUUUGUAGCCAGAUUGGAGAGAGAUGGGCUGUACAGAUGAACUACAAGUAGGGUGGAAAACUGGUUGGACAAUCAGGCUUGAAGAAUAAGGGUGCUACAGUGUCAUACUGAUAAUUAGCGGCAUUCUUCAGGGCAGAUACUGUUGCCAGUACUGUUUAACGUCUUAAUUAAAUGCCUGGGCAAUGGAAUGAAAUGUCGCCUCAGUCAGUUGGCAGAUGACACCAAUGUGGGAGCAGUGGUUGAUAUUUUUGAGGGGAAGGGUUGUCUGAUUCAGUGGAAUCCUGAUGAGCUGGACACAAGGAACGACAAAUCUCAAAGUUCAACUCGGAGACACGCAAAGUCCUCCACCUGUAGCAGACUAAUUCUAUAUACCAGCAUCAGCAAGUACAGAAGAGCAACCUUACUGCUGUUCUCUACAUGAGGAGGAUUAAGCAAAGACUUUGCUCAGAGGUACACAUCAAGAAAACAUGAGGCAGUGGACACACACUGCAGCAAGAGAAAUACUUCUUGGACAUAUGAAAGAAAAAAGGAUGAAAGUGAACAGAAACUGAAAGUGGAACAGGAACGGGUUUACCAGAAAGACUGUGGAAGAUCCAUCCUUGAAGAUGAGGAGAAUUCGACUGACAAGGCCCUGACCAACGUGACAGAAGUUUGCCCUGCCUAAUCUGGAGGUUGGACUAUAUUAUCUUCUGAGCUAUCCCAAUUUAAAUAAGUUUCAUUGCUGUACAUUUGGCUAUUUUUAUAAAUUAAUACUGCAGGUAGCGCAAACAUGUAAGCCAGUUACCUAACUUUUUGAUGUGAACAGAUGCUCUCCUAAAACUAGUCAUACAAUGCUGAUUGCAUGUUAUUUUGCCUUAACUGAGGCAUCUAUAAAUUAGAUGUCUAAAUUCAUAAUGCGUUUUUUUUAACCUAUUUUAGAAGUAGAUCUAGUAGGUAUCCCCAGAAAAUGAUUCAGCCAGAGACCAUAAAGAUAGUGUACAGGGACUAGCUUAGACUUGCAUAUCUAACACUUAAUUAUCUUCAAAAUGGGGCAGGAUGCUUUGCAUUUAGUAUCUAUAUAAAUGGCUCAUUGAGAUCUCCAAUGUUACAGAGUGGCACUGACACUGAAAUUAGCAAAUUUAGCUAAAUUAAGACAGACUCUUUAUUCUUGAUUAGGAUCUGUGCAUAGUGCUGUACCCCCAUCUGUCAGGCAACUUUCUGUGGUAGGAGUCAGUAACUUUGUUAGUGCAUAAAAUUUCACUCCUAGACAGAAUCUUAUUUAGCUGAAAUGUUGAUAUUUUAAAAUAAUCAAAUCCUUAAUAAACAAUUGUCAGGCUUUGCAACAGGCAAGUCAGUAUGGAUAUGUAUAUAGCUAUGUGAAUUCCAGAAGAUUUACUUUAUCUACAAUGGUAGCCUGAGCCAAAAAGUCUAAUGCUGCCCCAGCAGGUAGCUGUAGAUCUGCCAACUGUUUAUCCAUCAACAUCUUUAUAAAAACUGUGUUCUUUGGCCUUCAGUCUUCUACAUCUGUUAACAGGCAGGUGUUCCAGUAAUGACCUUUUAAAUCUUCUGAUGAUACAAAUUAGUUAAUGAAUAUGUAAAUCACUUUCCUUUUUUUCUGCUUUUCAAUCUUUCAUUAUUUGCUCAUAUUAGAUUAGAUUAGAAGAGAAUCUAAGUUACUGCCUUUUUUCCCUUGGUCUAUAGCGCUGCUUUUUCAGUUUCAAUUUUUUAUGGAAUACCUGCUACAGACCCAAUAUCCCAGAGCCUGAAAGAAAUAAAGGUAACUAUCAACAUCAGAAAUAGGCUGAUUUCUUCUGACGAACUUAAGAGGGAGAUAUUGUGAAGGAGGGUAAGAAAACUUAGAGGUGAACCUUUGUCCAUAUUCUAUCGUGGCUGAUACUCAAGUGGUUCUCAAGGGUGUUGAAAUUGUUCUGUGGUGGCAGUGAAGCUGGUGUAGAGAUCUCAGCCCGAUAUCUGGUCCAGCUCUGUUAUAAUUCCUCUGAUAGAUGAAAAGCCAUGGGAUUUCUGCAACACAAUCAAUGAUGUUCUGUCUUUGAAUUCCGUGAGCCAACAUCUGUCAAGUGCUUUCUCCUUGGGUCUUUGUGGUAAAUCUCACAAGGUUUUACUUGGUGUUCUCACUGCAAACUAAGUCUUGCCAAAAUGUUAAAUCCUUAUAUUUAUCUUUUUUUUUUAAUAUAUAUAUAAAUAAAUAGUAUAUUUCUUAAGCUGAAUUAUCUUUUGGAAACCUGUCAAUCAGAUUUGUUUUAUCUUACUAAUUAAAAGUGCCUUUGCAGUGCUGUUGGGGGAGAAGGAUUGGUCUUUGCUUCUUGUUGUGGAACGACUGAUAAUCAGAGUAGAUUUGGCUCGCCGUGCUAUCCAACCUGUAUGUCAGAGAAGUUCCCAGUUUUGGAACAGACCCACUGAGAUCUGUUCAGCUUUCCCAAGUUGAACUUCAACUAGUAAAACUUUUUGAAAUAUGAACAAGAUAACUCCUUUCUAAGACAACCUUUUAGCAAUUUGCACUGGCAAUCACUGUUAAUGUAUAACUGCCCGAAGAAUAAAUUUUCUAGUCAAAGUUGUACCUGUAAAU